AUGAAUGCACAGAAGUCACGCGUUGCAUGUAUGUCAAAUAAGUUUAAAAACAUAAGAGAAAUAGGAGAGGAUACGUAUCAAGUGAUGCUCAAAGAUAGAUUUUAUAGAUGUGAUACAUGUUUACAAGAGGCAUUCUUCACUUUAGAUAACGCAAAAUACUGGUAUUUGGUUUUCAUUUAUGAUUUUAUGUAUAAAUGCAUGAAUGUUAAUCGUUUUCAUUUCAUUGAAGGUGAUACUGAUUCAUCUUAUUGGGCAAUCGCUGGCGACCCAAAUCUUCCUAACACUCAAGCAUUUCAAGCAAUUGUUACUGAUAAACAAUUUUAUGAUAAAAACAUUUUCAAAUUCGCACCAUUUGAUUUCUUCUGUUUUGAUGAGAAAUUUAAACCUAAAUUAAAGAAUAAAGCUGAAGAAAAAGCACAUGAGAAGAAGUUAUUGGGUUUAGCAAUUGAGAAACAAGGUGAUAACAUGGUUGCUUUAUGUCCUAAGUGUUAUACAUCAUUCAACGGUUCAAUUGAUGGAAGUGAUUUUAAAAAGAUUGCACAAAAAAUGAAAGGUGUUAGUUUACGACAAAAUAAACAAUUAACACCUAAAAAUUAUUUGGAUAUAAUAAAUGAUAAAUUGAUAUUUGAUGGUCAGAAUAUUAAUUUACAACUUAAAAAUGGGUCAAUGACUCGCUUAACAAUUGGUAAGACUGCAUUAACAGGAGCACACACUAAGGCUGUAUGUUGUGAAAAUGGAUGUUGUAUGCCAUUUAUUUAA